AUGGCGCUAUGGAUAGCAUCUGAUCUUGGAGUUCAUGAAAAACGAUGUAUUGUGCAAGCCGGAGUUGGAUUAUCUGAAGUGCCAAGAAACGAAGACUGGAGAGCUGUGAGAAGAAUGUCAUUGUUUCAAAACAAAAUCGUGGAGAUAUCUAGCUGCCCAAUUUGUCCUGAACUUACAACUCUCUUCCUCCAAGAAAACAAACUGGAAAAUAUCUCUGGAAAGUUCUUUACGUCCAUGCCUAAGCUUGUCGUGUUGGAUCUUUCAUGGAACCGCGCACUCGAUAGAUUGCCAGAGGAGAUAUCAAGGUUAGUAUCCUUGCGCUAUCUUGACUUGUCGCGGACAGAGAUAGCGCAGCUGCCUAUUGGCUUACAAAAGCUGAAAAAGCUAGCACAUCUGAAUCUAGAGUUUAUGAUGAGGCUUGAGAGUAUCUCUGGGAUAUCACAUUUGUCGAGCUUGAGGACGUUGAAGCUUAAAGACUCAAAGAUGUCCUUGGAUACGAGCACAAUGCAAGAUCUGAAGCUCUUAGAAUAUCUAGAAGUAUUAACGCUUGACAUCACGUCAAGUUUGGUUAUGGAGCAGUUGUUACAAGAUUCAAGGUUGGUGAGAUGUAUUAAGGAUAUCUCUAUGGCAAAGCUUCCAGAAGAAUCGUUUAAGAUGUUGACUUUACCAAGUAUGGUUAGUCUCCGUAACCUCAUCAUACAAAGUUGUGGGAUGUUGGAGAUCAAGAUAGAAGAGAUGAUCAUAAAUACAUGCUUCUUCCCAAACCUCUCCAAAGUGUAUAUACAACAGUGUAAUGGUCUUAAAGAUUUGACGUGGCUUUUGUUUGCUUCAAACCUUACUCAUCUUGAAGUUGGUUUCUCAAGGGAACUAGAGGAUAUAAUAAGCAAAGAAAAAGCCACGAGUGUUACAGGUACGAUCGCUCCUUUUCAGAAACUAGAACAUAUCAAGUUGCUUGAUCUACCUAUGCUGAAAAACAUCUUCAAGAGUCCUCUGCCUUUUCCGAAACUGAAGUAUGUCUAUGUGAGGAAUUCUCCGAAACUGAAAAAGCUUCCGCUGGAUUCCAAUAGUGUCGAUUCGGUUAAAGCACUUGUCAUAUACUACUGCGAACAAGAAUGGAGUGAUGGGAUUGAAUGGGAAGACGAAGCAACUCGAUGUCGUUUUGAUCCUUCUUUCAAGCCGUGGUAUAUAACAAGAUGA